AUGGAGGCACUGGUGCUGGAGCGGUUCCCCAGCCCAGGCAAAGGCAGCGGCCUCCGCUCACGCCGGCGGGUGCUGCUCGGCCAACUGCUUUACCGAGCUGAGCCCUUCGCCUACAUCGUCAGCAAGGCGCAGCUAGGCAGCGUAUGCGAACGUUGCCUACGAAGGCAUGAACAUCUGCUCAGAUGCUCUCAGUGCAAGGUUGCGAAAUACUGUGGUAAAUCUUGUCAGAAGGAAGCUUGGCUUGACCACAAGCAGGAAUGCAGGUGUCUUAAGAGCAUCGAGCCUAAUUUUCCUCCAGACUCGGUCAGACUUGCUGGCAGGAUUGUUUUUAAGCUACUUAGACAAUCAGUAUGUCUUUCAGAGAGACUCUACUCCUUCUCGGAUCUUCAGUCAAAUGUUGAAGAGCUAAGUGAAGAAAUGAGAGACGGCCUCAGGCACCUUGCACAGACAUUGCAGCUGUAUUUGAAAGCAGAGAUCCAGGAUGUGUCUCGCUUGCCACCUGCAAUUGACUUUUUUCAGAUCUUCGCAAAAGUGACCUGUAACUGUUUCACCAUCAGUAAUGGAGAGAUGCAGGAUGUUGGUGUUGGCCUCUAUCCCAGCAUGUCAUUACUGAACCACAGCUGUGACCCAAACUGUGUGAUCGUUUUUGAAGGAUACCAGCUUUUACUUCGCUCUGUCCGAGAGAUCCAGAUUGGUGAAGAGCUCAACAUCAGCUAUAUUGAAUCACUGAUGCCCACCAGUGAACGUCAAAAGCAACUGAUGCGCCAGUACUGCUUUGAAUGUGACUGUCUUCUCUGCCAGAAUGAAGAAAAGGAUGCUGAGAAAUUAGCUGGUGAAGAGCAUGCCUGGAAAGAAGUCAAAGAUGCUGUAAAUGAAGUGAGAUAUCCAAAGUCAAAAGAAGAGUGGGAGCAGGUUCUGACAAGAUGCCAGAAUCUUUUGAGCAGCAAUAUGGGUCGUCUUCCAGACACAAAUAUCUAUCAGCUGAAAAUGCUUGACUAUGCCAUGGAUGCCUGUAUUAACCUUGAAUCCUGGGAAGAGGCUUUGUAUUAUGGCAGCAAGACUCUGGAACCAUACAGACUGUAUUAUCCUGGUUUUCAUCCACUGAGGGCUGUCCAGCUGAUGCGGGUGGGCAAAUUGCAGUACAGUCAAGACAUGUUUCCUCAGGCACUGGAGACCUUGAAACAGGCCUAUAAUAUUAUGAAGGUGACCCACGGGACAGAACACAGCCUGAUGCAAGCCUUGAUGGAAAUAAAGGAGCAGUGUGAGGCCAUCAUGAGAAUACAGUGAAGAUAAUGUCCAGUCUGGAAAGCAAAAUAUUCAAGGAGAAAAGAAAUUAAAUGCUUUUUAUUGCAUUGGGAAGCUUCUUGAUGAUUUUGGUGUCUUUUCAUUAGGUCCUACUUGAUUUAGAAAAACAUUUAUUAAUUUUUCUGUGUGAUCUGAAUUGAGUUGAUAUUUGGAGGAAUACCUGCAGUUCUCAGAGGAUUUAUUUCCCCCUACUAAUCUAACUGGCAACAGCUACUUACUAAUUUACAACAUGUAAUUUAAUUAAUAAUAAAUAUUGGGAAAUGCAUACAGUGCCUUCAUAAGCUACAAAUUAUUAUAAUUCCAUUGGUAUCAGAAGUAAAUUUUUUUAUACCAGUUUAUGCCAGCAAGUAAGGAUCUCAUGUUGGACACAUUGUAAGUAGAGAAAAUACAUUUUCAGCCUUUACCUCGUUCUUAGGUGUGGCUUCCAAAAGCCUAACCCAGUGCUCUUUGACAUGAAAUAAGUUUCACAAUGUUCUAAAUGAGAUUUUUCUCCCUCUCAAUAUCUCUUCCAGGCUCUGUCUCUCUUCUUCUCAUAUUCCAUAUGCUACA